AUGCCAGCAUCUCGUGCUCGCCUUGCAGCAGAGAACGAUACCUCAGCCUCGGUGGCUGCUGGCUUGCGUUCCCGAUCGGUGGGAGGACGUCCCAACAAGCGUGUCCGACACGAGUCUCCCAGCAAUGCUGAGCGCCUCAUCAGCAAUAACGACAAUGUCAACAAUCUCAAUGACAACCGUGCCGGCAAUCAUGAGGCAGCCGCUGCAUCGCUCAACACACGAGACUCCCGUCCAAUCCCUCUCGACCUGAACAAAUGCCUCCUCCGUCUCAACGCAAACCCCAACGCGUUCGUUGCGCUCGCCGAGUUCAUCGCCCUGGACAUGGCCACGUCAGACUUGAUCACGCGCUUCUCCUGGGCCAAAUUCCUCGACUGGCACCAUACCAUUGAGCGCCUGGGCUACAAUACAGGGGUAGUAGACGCAGCACUCGGACGGUAUGAGACUUCUGACGGGUCUUUGGUCAAUGACAAGUACUCGUGGCACGUCUUCCUGCUAGAGGCGCACCCUCAAAGCUCACAAGCGAAUCGACGACCUCGCCGAUGA